GACGUAGUCUAUGUUCCCUCGAGCUUCCGCCCUGCCUUGCACGUGUGUUUACUAAAAGUGGCAGCAGUAAUAUUUCAAACACACAGACACUUUGUGGAGACAUGGGGAAGCUGAACGUCGUGGUGUUGAGAUACUUAUCUCGGGAUGAUUUCCGCGUCCUCACGGCGGUUGAAAUGGGGAUGAAGAACCAUGAGAUUGUCCCAGUGAGUCUCCUGUCCUCCAUCGCUAGCCUCAAACACGGCGGCUGCAACAAGAUCCUCAGAGAGCUCGUCAAGCACAAACUCGUGGUCUACGAACGCACCAAGACUGUGCAGGGCUACAGGUUGAACUAUGGAGGAUAUGACUACUUGGCUCUGAAGACCUUGUGCUCCAGGGAAGUGAUAAUUUCAGUUGGCAACCAGAUGGGUGUGGGUAAAGAGUCAGACAUAUAUAUUGUGGCAAGUCCAAAUGGGGAGCAGUAUGCCCUGAAGCUUCACAGAUUGGGUCGUACCUCCUUCAGGAACCUGAAGAACAAGAGAGAUUACCACCAACACAGGAAGAACAUGUCCUGGCUCUACCUCUCUCGCCUUUCCGCCAUGAAGGAGUAUGUCUACAUGAAGGCAUUGUAUGAUCGAGGGUUUCCCGUUCCCAAACCUGUGGACUACAACAGACAUGCUGUAGUGAUGGAGCUCAUCAAUGGAUAUCCGCUGUGUCAGGUGCAUGAGCUGCAGGAUCCAUCAGCCCUGUACAGUGAGUUCAUGGAGCUGAUAGUCAAACUGGCCAAUCACGGCCUGAUUCAUGGAGACUUUAACGAGUUUAACCUUAUGUUGGAUGACCAGGACCACAUAACUAUGAUCGACUUCCCUCAGAUGGUGUCCACCUCACAUACUAAUGCUGAAUGGUAUUUUGACAGAGACGUCAAAUGUAUCAGAGAUUUUUUUGCAAAACGAUAUAAUUAUGAGAGCGAGCUCUUCCCAACCUUCAAAGACAUCAGGCGAUCUUAUUCUCUAGAUGUCGAAGUCUCAGCUAGUGGCUUCACCAAAGAUCUGGAGAAAGAUUGUGAACUGCUACAUCCAGCUGGACCCGAGGGAGAGGAAGAUGACGAGGAGGAGGAGAGCGACGACGAAGAGGCAACAGACGAGGAAGCAGAGAAAGAAGAAGAGAGCUUGGACAUGGAGGAAUAUAAGCACGCGAUGCUGGAACUGGAAGGUCUGAAAGUCAGCGACACGCAUGCAGACGUACAAGAUGAGGACGACAAGGGUGAAAAAGAGGAAGAACAAAAAGAGACUGAGACAGAACCUCCUACUAAAACUGAUGAAGAGACAGAAAAGGACUUAGAGGCGGAAUUGAACGAGGCAGAGGACGAGUGUCCAGAGCUGGCAGACCUUUCUACCUCCAACAAAGAGUUCAAACCCUUCAGAGACUCAGACAGUCUUCUACACAUGGCAGAACACAGGAGGACGAGGACAGACAGUGAGGGCACAAUGGGCAGCAUAGCAAGCUGCUCUACCAUACCACCAGAGGUAGUCCGUCAGAAGGUGCGGAGGCAGCUCACCAAACAGCAGAAGGCAGCGCAGAGGAGACGUCUGCAGAAGGGAGAGGCCAAUUUGGUGACCCAAUCCAGGAGAGACAACCAAAAUAACAUCAAGUCCAGCAUGGAUAGCGCCUCUUUCUGGGGAUAAAUGGGACUAUACACUGAUGGACAGACAGAAUUCAUGUCAACAUGCCUUUUUAUUUGGUUAACAUGCUGUGUGGUUUUUCUGCUCCUUGAUUGAAAACACAAUGGAAAAGCUCAACAAGAGAGAAUCUGUGCAACAACUCAACUGUUUCAUACACAAGAAGAAUGACGAAACCUGUAACUACUUUUCUAUUUGAACUGCAGUGAACUGUCAUGUUCAACAUACAGCCUAAUGUAAAUAUCGACUGCUUUAAUAUAAUGAAGCUGUAUGAUUUGAUAAUUAAAACAUUUUAAAUAUCA